GGGGCGAGGAUUACCAUCCGAAACCAUGGCAUAUCACGACAGUGGGGUAAGUCGUUUGUCUCUAGCUGGCGGGACCCUCUACCUGGCCGGGACCCUCUAGCUCUACACAACCUAACUAGCUAGCUAGCUAUAUUGGCUGUAGAGAGACUGCCAAGCAUGCUUACAUUGCUAUGUGGUUCACGCACAAAGAGGAACGGCUGCUGAGAGAAGGCUACCUCUUGAAGUCACCAGAGUCCUCCAGACACCUCCCUGUCUUGAAGAGGUGGCAGAAAAAGUGGUUCCGGCUGAUGGACAAUGGAGACCUCCAUUACUAUGACUCACCAGACAAGUCUGGCCGGCCGGUGGGGACACUCCACAUCCGGAACUGCAGACGACUGUUUGACCCCAGGUCCAAAGGUCUCCAGUUCCCCUACACUCUGGGCCUAGACCUCUCUGACUCCCUGCACUACAUCAAGGCCGACACUGCUCCCACCUACAAUGCCUGGCUAGAGAUGAUGGCUGGCUUUGCAGUGAGGAACGAUGCCAGCCCCGCCUCCUCACACCCCUCCCCUUCCGGCCAGCGCAGGUACUCUGGGUUCCCGGAGGUCAAAGGUCAUCGGGGAGACGCCAGUGAUACAACAACUUCUAGAACUUUCUCAAUGUCUGCCAAGGUGCAGUCGAGGUCUGCUGAUAAGAGUGGAUGGCUCUAUAAAACAGGACCAAACAAUAAGGGGGGCUGGAAUCACCGAUUCUUUGUCCUGUCCAACGGAAAACUGACCUACUUCAAGACAGAAAAGGCUGAGAAGAGUCAAGGGACCAUUGACCUGAGGGAGUGCAGUGGUGUUAGCCAGGCUAAUCUCAAGAGGGGCUAUGGACUCAUUAUUCAGGUCCCCAACCGAACCUACUACAUAUCAGCUGAGACAGAGUCAGAGCAGCAGGAUUGGGUACUUGCCAUCACCACUGCUCUUUCUCUACUGGAUGAUUCCAAGCAGUUGUCAGUGGCCCCAGCUGAAGCUCUGGUUCGUAGUGGGAGUGGCAGCUCUGGGUCCUCUGUCACCAGCAGAGAUCUCCUCUCCCUCCCAACCUCUGACCCCCAGACCACACCCACCACCCUCAACACUGCCGGGGAGUUUUUGUUGAGUGUGGAAGAAGACACUGUUGGAGGAGGUGGACAGGACAAGAAGCAGGAGAAAGACAGUGUUGUCCAGCUCCUGGAGGCCGAGGUGGAUGCCCUGCGAGGCCAGGUGAGUGGUCUGAGGGAGGAGCUGGUGUCCAGGGGGGCGGUGACGGCCCAGCUCCAUGCUCAGCUGGAGGAGUCGGCCAGGCAGAGGGAGAGAGAGGUCCACAGCAUCACCGUCGACAGAGACAACAUUCACACCAAGUUGUUGGACCUGGAGGCGGCCAAACAGAGUCUGGAGAGUGUCAACGACUCCCUGCGGCUCCAGCUGGACGAGGUGAGGGGGGCGGGGCUGGAGGCGGAGGAACUGAGGGUACGAGGAGAGCUGGAGGAGACUCAGGCUGCCCUCGCCACCGCCGAGGACGACAUCAAGACCUACCAGCAGGAGCUCUCUGACACUCAGCAACUGCUGCAGGAGAUUCAGAGUGUGGCCCUGGACCUCCAGGCAGAGCUCAUCCGGAGAGGAGACUUUGUCCCUCGCCACUUCAUCAAGAACAGGAGUCUGUCCUCUACAGCCAGCGAGCUCCUCUCACCUCUUGACAUCUCCUCCCUCUCUCUUCCCCUCUCCACUCAUCUGGAGUGUGAAGAGAGGCCAGCCACAGUUGCAGGAUUUGUGGGAGAGAUGAGAGGACAAGUAGAGAGCCCCGUGGCAAACACCCCUCCUGGAGGAGAGAGGGAGGAAGGGAAGGGGGGAGGGGCCACACUGCCCGAGGAGAGACUCAAGUGGCAGAUGGAGAUGGAGAACCUGAGGAGGGAGUGUGAGGCGAGGGAGACAGGGGAGAGGGCGAGGUGUGAGGAGGAGGUGGGGAGGUGGAGGGAGAAGGUGGGAGAGCUGGAGGAGAGGUGCAGGGAGAUGAUGGGGGAGGUGGAGAGGGAAAAGAGCAAAGAGCUGGAAAAGACCAAAGAAAGACUGGUAGAGCUGGAGGGAGAGGUGGGUGGAGCUAGAGAGAGGGCAGCCCAGCUCCAGGUGGAGAAGGAGAAAGCUUUGGCUGACCUCAAGAACAUUCGCAAGAUCAACAGGACCAUGGAAAAGAAAUUGAGUGAAAGUGGCAAACAGGACUCUGAGCCCCAGUCUCCCCCAGUCCCUGAUGAGAGGUUGGAGGAGAUAUCCAAACAACUCGACCUGGUCACGCAGGAGAGGGACAAGCUGAAAGCUGAACUGGAGGAGUUGAGGGCUUCCAUAACCAAUGGACUAGCUCUUUCAGGAGGUGAUGAUACGGCGAAGGUGUCUCCUUUCCUGAUGAGAAAGAGCAGAGCUACUGUUGCUGCCAGCAGACACUCUUUUGCAGCUCCAGCAGUGCCUAGUCCUUUGACUAAUGGCCACCCUGAAGAUGUUCCAGUGAAGCCCCAGAGACCAUCAAAGGCUGUGAUAACCGGCAGACUGGCAGCAGUAGCUCCUCCCACUGGCAGUAGACCCAGGUCCAGGACUACCACUCUCUUCCAGAGUCUCCUCCACAGCUAGUAGCUAUUGACUCCUCUCUAAUAAUCACUCCCUGACUUCCGUGUUGUGUGUGUGUGUGUGUGUGUGGAUCAUGAUACAUAGCCAGUGUGUUUUGGAUUUUUAUGCCGGCUCCUAUGAGGUGCCAUGAUUGUUUUUGAUUCCUUG